UCAAUCAGGCUUCACAUUAGAGAACUCAGGACUUCAGUUGCUCUCGAUGUGAGUGAGCUCCAAUGAGCUCCUGAGUUGUCACGUCUUUUUUCAACGGAUUUUCUUAUUCAAAGCGAGAAGGCCAAUGUGCAGAGAGGGUGCAGCAGACAGGACUCAUGAUGCUGUCACUCAUUCAUAGGCUACGGGACAAUUUACUUCUUAAAAAAUAACCUAAAGUUCGACAACUCCGAAAGAGUUUUCACUGGAUUUUUUAUUUUUGUCUAAAUUAUCAUAUUUUGGUCUUCUGAGAUCCGCCUGGCCCCGGACAGUUCGUCUCCACUGCGCCGCCAUGUGUGCGCUGUUGCCGGCGUGGAUGUGCCUGGUGCUCGGCCUCUUGCCUCUGGAGAUCCAGUCCCGGGCUUUGACUCUGCAGAGCCUCACUCACAGACAUAGGUUGAGUUUACCCAGAACCGCUAAAUACCCAAAGUCUUCUAACACCGCCAUCAUGCCCACUGCAUCUGAUGUCUCUGUUGCUGUUGACAACCACAUCACAGAGGGAGACAGACAUUUCAUAUGGAGGGCCCUGCUGCACAAAGAGCCCCCGCAAAGGUUGUCUGACCCGUUGCCUGACCAGAGAGACAGUGUGCCAUGGGAAGCGCCAAUGUGGCAGCGUGGGUCACGGGGUCGUCGACAUGCUAACAGUGGCGGUGGAAGGGGUCACAGCCAUUUGAUGAGGGUGGGGUGUGUCCUUGGCACCUGUCAAGUUCAGAAUCUCAGCCACCGUCUGUACCAGCUGAUUGGACAAAGCGGGAGGGAAGACUCCUCCCCCAUUAACCCUCGCAGUCCUCACAGCUACGGCUAACAACUCACCUUGAGGUCACAGCUAACCUUGACGAGUUUAUCGUCAAAGUUAGGCAGGUCCUUUGUUUCAUUAGCGAUGCAAUUAGGACCCAAAAUAAGCCUUCGAUAUAAGUCUUUGCAACCCUGUCUCGUAGAAACAAUUCAGCUCAGUGAUGAAAAACGUAAUCGCUGUCUGGAUUAUGUUAAAAGGAACGCGUUUUUAAAUAUAUGAAGCAGGUAUACAAUAUCUGCUUGCCAGAUGGUACAUUAUGGCAGAAAAAAAUUAAGUACACUGUCAUAAAGCAUUUUAUUGGCAUGUUAACUAACAACAUGUUCUCAUUAUGUCAAUAGAAAAGUAAUCCGCGCUGCAAUGUUGUUCUCCCAAAACAUAUUUGCAAAGUAGUAAUAUAUACAGGUCAUUUCAAGGAGACAGGGUUAGUCCUUGAUGUGUCAUCUAAACUCAGCUGCUUAGUAGAUAUAAAAGCGCCACUAUGGUUUAUUUAUAUCAGUUAUUGUCAUAUUUUUGUAGUUUUGACCGUCACUUUCAUUUGUAACAAUAAUUUGCACCAAUAAAAUACAUCGCUGAGAUCUGGGAAUGCGGCAACAUUACCAAAAAGAAGUCUGGUUGCCUCAACAGUCUCGCCACAGUUUAUAGGGCAACGUCCUGGUUCAGUCUUUUUUUUUAUUACCAACAACAUUUCAAGUGUGCUCACUUUUGGGUUUAUGAGCAAAUAAAGUGGUUUAGAGAAUCUGACUAUACUUUUCACUCGUUUGAUUAUUUGACUGAGAAAGGACAUUGAGUUUCUUGCCCCAUUAGACUCAGAUGUAGGGAUGUUACCAUGGUCCCAGAUCUAAGCAUUUAUUCUGGUGAGCAUGUUGUUAUAAGAUUUCCGGCUUAUCAGCCAUCAUCACCAGUUUACUGCAAUGAAACUAGAGUUUUAGGUGUUUUGGCAUGUAGGCUAUGCAAAAACAACCAUGUGGGCCUGAUUUGACCCUUUGGCGGGCUGGUUUUGGCUCACGGGCUGUUUGAUGUUUAACACCCCUGAUGUAGACACUGUGCAAAACUGAAUGAGAGAAGCCUCUUCCAAACUGCCCUUACUGACUAAUGUCUACUAUCGUCAUCACUGGUGAUCCUGCUGGUCUUAAUUCACUUGAGCUCAGAGCUAAUCCACCUUGUCUCUCAAAAGCACUUUCAUGUCCUCUGCGAACAAGCAGCUUUACUUCAGUGAGAACAUAAACCAAGAAUAACCCCAAAUCAGACCUUGUUAACCCUUCACCCAAAAACCUAGUAGCCAAAAUAACCACAAACCCUAAUCCAUGAUCUGUUGUGACGCUUCUUGACAAAUAGCUGUUUCUUAACAAAGACAACUAUACUGUAGUGUUUUUUUAACUGUAAACUGUAAAUCAACGAUGCAUCAUUUUAAUUGUCACUGUAAAGUCUGUUUUUGUGAGCCUUAACUGCUUUCAUUUUUUGUAAAGGCCUUAUAAUGUUUUGCCUUUCACUUAUCCAAAUUAAGCGUCACUGUGAAUGUUGACUAUCAAAGUGUUAUUAAAAGCUUUAUAGUCUUUUGCUUUUCUAUUUGUGUUAGUUCAGCGUAACAGUGUCAGUAGUUCAAUUUUAGGAAAGCAUGAGAGCACUUUAUUCAUCUUUACAUUCAGUAUGACUUGAAUUUUUAAAAUGUGUUAUUUAACUUAAACUCAAUGAGACCAUUUUGCUGUAAAUAUCCCACUUUACCGAAUCGAAAUGUUCAUGUGAGCGCCCCUUCAAGUUACAAGUGUCCUUUUGUAAACCAUCUGUGUUGGUUCCAGCUAAUAUUUCUUUCUCACUGUCUUUACAAUAGCAUCAAUGUGUAAUAAAACUCCAGUCCAACCUGCACAUG